AUGUCCGCCACGAGUCCUGUUAUUGUAGCUCCUGGACGGUGCUCGCGGCCACGAGACACACCGGGCUCCACAAUCAUCAACUUUAAGAACAAUCACACUGAUUCGUCAACAGUGCUUAGGUUGCCGCCAUUGCUGGGGCCGUGCCACAGCUAUUAUUGGUUAAUUACAUCUCUAAAGUCCUCAAUAUUAUUCAAAUUAUUAAAUAAUAAAAAUUAUCACGAAGUACAGUUGCUGACAUACUUAAAUUGCAUACGAUACGACUCUGAAUGUCUUCGCACAUCCAAAAGUCGUGCGUGGGGCUUGAAGCUACUUUAAGUGACAGCAAAAAAAAGUACGGCGACAAGGUGGGUGCACUUCUGUCUGCCUGGGAGCAUGUCACCAAUUUCAUUUCUACGGCAAACCCAGAGGCCACCCAGUCUCUCAUAGAAUGGGUCCACAAACAUACGUUGACAUUGGUAUUGCGCGGGGAGUGGCCAAAGCUGUCACCUGCUACAAAAACACACCUCAGCGUAACGUUGCAGAGGUGUGCGAGUCACCUGGUGCACCAUCCGGUCGCGUCGAGGUGCACAGCCCUCAUCGCGUUGGUACACAAUCCAUGGGCUCAUCCAGCACUUGACCGCAUACUUAAUGGCCAACCAGAUCCUGAACAUGAAGAAGAUCGCUGCGAGGACAUUGCAGUAAAUCUUGCAGCAGCUUGUGUCCGAAGUCUGCGAAGAAGUGAUCGAUUACGUUCACUGUCGGAUCUUCAUCAUGUUCACUUUAUGAUUGACGUAUACAUUGUCCUGUUGUACAAAUUAAAACGCACGCAAGAUAUAUUCGCUCAAUUAAAAUUAAUGGACCUAAAUGAUGGAUUAGAACUAGUCCAAAGAUUAAGCGGCGAGAAACCAAUGAAAUACGGGACUGCGCGUGUUUGGCGAAAUUCAAUAAAAGCCGCCGAAUUAGUUGCUCAGUAUCUUGUAACAGCGGGUAUGGUUAGGCCCGUUAAUGAAACUAGUGCAAGUGUUUUAGAACAAAUUCUUAACUCCUGGGCGUGCUUACAUGUUAAGCUUAAGGCAACUGAUCCAAAUCUACCGGGUAUGAUUAGAAAAUUAAUAGAAAAUGCUGAAAGUGCCCAGCAUAUUUAUUUAUUUUGUGCUGUUUUACUGAAACACUUUGGAGAUAGUAUUAAACCAUUGGCUAUUGAAUUAUACAUCAGAGCACUUACAGCAGAUAUGAAUGAAUUGGAAACCCAAAAAAUAAAGUCUGAUAUUGAUAAUGUACGUGAAACGGCAAAACGUUUGAGUACGCAAUUUCUAAAAUUGGCUGAUGUUGUUAAUAAUAAUAUUGGUAUUGCACGUGAAUGUGUAUUAACCGCGUUUUCGUUAAAUCCAACGCGCGCUUGCUACGAUAAAAUAUGCGAAUUGGCGAUAGCUUGUGGUAAAGUAACACGACUAGAGAGUCAACCUCAAAUUCACACUCUUGAUGAAGAAACUAAAGAAGAUGAAGAAAAUGAAAGAUUGUCAACAACCCCAGUAGAAGUAGCAACUACAACAUCGACACCAGUAACUAUCACGACUACAACUUUAAAUAAAAUGGAUGACAACUCUCAAUCAGAUAAUAAUAAAACAAAUAAUAAUACUACUAUCGCUACUAAUUCAAUAAUUGAAUCACAAUUCGAAAAUACAACAGAUAGUAAUAUUAAAAUAGAUCUUAAGGAGGGUAAUAAUAAACAAACACAGCAGCAAUCACAAAAUUAUAAUAAUAAUAAUAGUAAAUGUACAGAUCAAUUGUUAAAAAAAUUAUUAAAUUCACCGGUUCAGUGUUGUCAUUCGAAUUCAAGUAGUAGUAGUAGUAGUAGUAGUAGUAGUAGUAAUAUUAAUACUGAUAAAAAAUCAGAUAAGUGUGUUGUUAAUAAUUUUAAAAAAGAUUCAAACAGUGAAGGUUCAUUGGACGAAAUAUGUCUUAAUUGUAAUAAUUAUAAAGGAAUGAAUGUUGAUAGUAAUACUAAUUCUAAUAACAGUAGCAGUAAUAAUACUAGUAGUAAUACUGGUAAUAAUAAUAGUAAUAAAAACAAGUCUUCUACUGAGAGUGGUAAAAGUGUCAUUGUUAAUAAAGAUCAUCGUACAUUGGAUGCAUUGAUACUUAUAAAAGGAGAAGUAGUUACGGGUUCGGCAAACUAUGACGAAAAAUCAGUGCCAAAUCAAGUUUUGGAUGCCGAACAAUUAGGAUUGACGCCUCAAUUGUGCGAUGAUUUAGCUGUUGUACUGAGUAGUCCACGUUACCAUAUGUUGAGUUGGGUGUCUGAUUGGAAUGAAUUAAGUACACUUUGUGAACGAUAUUUAGAGAAUGCUCAAGAAAUGCGUCACACUAAUAAAGAGUUAAAGUAUCUUAAUAUUGAUUACUCACAAUUUAAAGAUUGGCCAUCGGAGGAUGACAGUAAGGAUGUUUUUUAUGGUAUUGAAAAGGGUUACGAGCAGUGGGCAGACGGAGCGUCUGAUACUUCUGAGCAGUAUGGAAGUUUUCAACCAGCUGGCUCUUACAAAAGAAGUUCUACCAGACGUAGUUUAGAUGAUAGUUCUGAUUCCGACAGCGGUAGUAUUUUACGAGUUCGCAGGACUGGUCGGCAACGUAAAAUUCACCGUUUGAUAUCUUCUGAAAGUGAUUAUGACAGUAGUAGUGGUGUUAAAUCCUCGAGUAAUAAACAUUAUCGUAACAACAGUUACAACAGAAGAAGAAAAUCAAGUUGUGUUUCUGAUACUGAGGACACAAAUACUCAGGACAGUCAGACUGACAGUUUAGGAAGUGACGGAUGUCGACAGGAUAAUAAAAUAAAUAAUAAACCGUGCAAUAAUAAAGAAUUAACUAAACGUAGUGGUAAUAAUGGAAGCAAUGGUGGUAUCGGUGGUAAUGGAAGUAGUGUUGGUAAAUCUAAAUUAACUGUUGAUACCGUAUCACAUUUUCAUAUGCUUGUUAAUGAAAAUAUGCAUCAUACUACAUCGACAAUAUCAAGCGGUGCCGGUAGUGAAGACGUCAGUGGUUCGGAUGUUAGUAGCAAUGAUAUAAUAACGUUGUUUUCUGCGGAUUUAGAUGAAAAUAAAAGAGAAACAAUUAAAGGUUCUGCUUUUACCGCCGUUUCACCAAUAAUUAUAACUAAAAAACGCAGUGACCCGGCUGUUUUAAAAUCAUUGAGAAUGUUUCGACCACAAAAUAUUAAAAAACCCACACCAAGAAUAAAUCAAUUAGUUCCGAAAAAUAUUUUAAAUAAUAAUAUUAAUAAAAAUAAUAUUAACAAUAAAGAUAAUGUCAGUGGUGGUGGUAAUGGUGGUAAUAAUGUUGGUGGAAAUAUCACUAAAUUUGCGCCAUUAUUAAGCACACUUAAUUUAAAUCCUAAAAUUGUAUUGACCCGCAAUAAUGAAAUAGAUAAAAAAUUAGAACAAACGAAAAUUAAAAAGCAACCGGGAGUAUUGAGUGCCGGUGAUUUAUCAAGUGAGCUUUUAAAUAUACAAAAGAAAAUGCCAUUUACGCACAAAAAUCCAAUUCAUAAUCAUCAUCAUCAUCAUAAUCAUCAUCAUCACCAUAAUCAUAAUUAUUCAAGUGAUAAAAAUAACAAAAGUCCACGUGGACGCAAACCAAUUAAAUCUAAUAACAAUAAUAUUAGUAAUAAUAAUAAUAAUAAUAAUUUAGGAAAAAGUAAUUAUGACAUACUAGCUAAAGCAGUACGUGAUUCGGAUAUACUGGCUCAAACAGUUCCAGGUUUAAAUACAUUGGACAUGAUGGUACCACCGCGUGUACAGUCAACAGUUAAUGUUGUUCAAAUAUCACGUAACAUUCCGCAAAGUCCAAAUUCUGGAUCGAUUAAUAGCGGUAAUACAUCACCGAGAAAUCGUACGUCUAGUAUUGUUAGCAGCAUAAUACAAUUACCAGGUACACCCUCGUCUGGUGGUCAUGAUAGUGGAGUUGGAAUGAGUCCAGCCGGACAAACAUCUCCACCGACACGUACAUCAGUGCUUCAUGACGUUGGUGAAAAGGCUAAUCAGCCGCCUGAUGCAUCACCAACUAUUUCAACAAAUGUGUCGGCAACUGAACCAGAUAGCCCUCAUACUACCAGUAAUAGUAAUAACAUUAAUAUUAAUAAUAACAAUAAUAAUAAUAAUAAUAAUAACAACAACAAUAUUCAACGGAUAAUAAGCCGUAAUGAUUCACCAAAUAAAUCACCAUCGCCUUCAACUACUACCACAACAACAGUUACAGCAACAACAAUAACAUCAACAGCUGCUAUUACUACAACAGUACCAAUUACUACCGAACAAUUACAAAUUGUUUGCAAACCUGAUGGUACUUAUCAACUGGCAACAAUUAAUCCUAAUAUUAUAACAACAGGACAGAGAAAUUUAUUGACAUUACAAAAUUUAGAAGAUGAUAGUAUUGGUUUUACUAGACAAAUUCAACGAGUCUCGGAAUCAUCCUCGGGAAGUGGUUCUAACAGCAGAACCAAUACUUACGAAAGACAAACAGUUAAAGUAUCUCAACAACCACAAAAACCACCACAACAACAACAGCAACAACUACAACUACAAAAUACAGGAUUACCAAAAUUUCAACAGGCAUUUGGUAAAACAAUUUAUACACAGUCAGAUACUACGACUGUUGCCACUUCAUCAACCACUGAAACAAUAACCCAACCAAUGAGCAGUAUCCAGAAAACGUCGAAUUUAUCUAAAGCUGUACAAACGUCUGUAUUAAAUAGUCAGGGUAGUGUUAGUAGUGGUGGCAGUAGUAGUGGAAUUAAUGUACAGUCAAUAGCAAACAUUCCAAAUCUGCAGUUGUCAUCAUCAGGCGGCAGGCAGAUACUUAAUAUUGUACAGAACACUGGUAGCAAUAAUACAAAUAUUAAUACUCCGAAUGCUAGUCAAACAAUUACUCAACUUGUUCAAAAUACUUCACCAGGUGUUAUUUACACAACGCACAAAAUACCUGUUACUAUUACAACAACAACAAAUCCUAGUCAGUUGAACAUCAUACCUGCUAUAUCGCACACUAACUCACUCCCCGGUGGUAGGCCACCAGUUGUUAAGUUGAAUAUUAUAAGAACGCCGUUGAGACAGCAAAACCUCGCUGAAGUUAUACAGGCUACUAUUAAUGCUUCACGAAUUCAACAGCAAAAUUCACAGCAACAGCAACAGCAGCAGCAACAACAACAACAACAACAACAACAACAACAACAACAACAACAACAACAACAACAACAACAACAACAACAACAACAACAACAACAACAACAACAGCAACAACAACAGCAGCAACAACAACAACAACAACAACAACAACAACAACAACAACAACAACAACAAAGACAACAGACGGCUGUCAGAGCAGAUAGUUUAUUAAAUUCACCAAUCGAAGUGCCAAAUCAAGUCAGUUCGACGACACUUGAACAAUUGCGUGAAUUUGAAAGUGUACUCGAGCAAGUUAAAGAACGUAGUACUAUUCAACCUCAGCUCCAAUCGAGUUCCAGUACUACUACCACGGCUGUUCAAACGCAAACAACUAGCCAACAAACUCAAGCUAAACAACAACAUCAACAGACUGCUGUAUCGGCGCUUGCCCAGCAACUUCUUAUUUCAACCCAAACUUCAACAAACACUGAAUUUACAAACAACAAUGGUGGUAAUAAUAGUACCACGACAUUUCAACAGCAACAAGAAGUAUUUCCGCAAAAAGUUUCACUGACUUAUGUAAAUCAAACGACACCGACAACGCCGCAAAAAAGUACCAAUACUACGACGACACCAGUUGUCGUGGUAACGAGUUAUUGUCAGCCAGCAGCUUCACCAGCACUUAGCAUCACUUCACAAAGUUCUUCAAGUCCUUGUGUAACUCCAGCCCCGACAUCUGUUUCUUCUGCUGGAAAAACACCACCAACACCGUCACCUAAAAGUUCGAAAAAGUCUGCGCCGAAAAAUGUUAAAACUAAUACUUCUAGUAAUGCAUCAAAAUCCUCGCCAAUUCCAAAACCACAGCAAAAACCCCAAGAAGAUGAACAAACUGCACAACGUAUUUAUACAAUACUUGCAGAGUACGCUGAGCAGCUGAGAAAUUCUCCAGAUUUGAAUAAUAAACCUGCGCCUAGAAGACGUUCUAAUCCACCAACAAAUCCAAGUCAAUCGUCAAAGCGUAAAAAGUCUGGUGGUAAAUCAAGUAAACCAUCUGGUGGACAGCAAUCAUCAGAAAUGAGUCCAAGUGCUGACGAUUUGGGACGUACUAUGGGCAGCGAAGAUUCAUCGAGUGGUAUUGCGCUUAUACAAGACAGUCCAGCUGGUUUUUCGGGACAAGACGAGCAAUCAACAGCUUCUAAUAUCGACUCUCAGUCAGAAACACGAAAUAAUUUAACAACCUCUGAUUCAAAUGACGGCGUUGAGGUUAAUGUUAAAAGACGUAAUUUAAUAUUUACUGAACCCGGUAGCGGACAACAGAGAACAGUUAUUGUUCAAGAAGCAAUGCCUACUGGUACAGUUAAUGUCAGUGAAGCUUUAGCGUCUGUUACAGGUAAAGUUAGUGGUACAGCAGUACUUGUACCUAGUGGUAAUUACAUUUUACCAAUGAAUUUGGUUAAAAGUACUCAACAAUUUACAAUAGUUUCUCGUGGAUCAAAAUUAUUGGCCGCAGUACCAGCAUCAUUAACAACAGGUGGCAAUUCUGGUGUAUCUAAUGCCCUUGUAUUGCAAUCAUUUCUAAAUCAAGCUGGUAAAAUUAUAUCUCAACAACCUGGACAAGUUAAACAAGUUAAAUUACCAAAUUUACAAACAAUAACAUCUAAUUCGACAGCCGCAUCAACAACAACAUUAAACACAACUUCUGUUGUUGUACCACACCAAACAAGUAAUACAACACAACAAUUUACUAAUAAUGAUUCAACGUUGGACAACAAAAGUGAUUCUAUAACUGACGUUAUUAUUAAAAGUGAGCCUGGUACACCCGUUAUCAAUGAUGCGACAACACAAAAUACUAUUUUAGUUAAUAAAGCACCGACAAUUGGUUUGCUACAACGUAGUUUGAGUGACAUUACUGAUACACAACAGUUUUGCGGGGUUAUAACAAGUAAUUCAGGCUUAACAUUACAAGGUGCAAGGUUAUUUAAUUCAACAAUUGGUAAAUUAUCAACGUCUAGUGGUAGCAAAACCGAGAGUGUCGUUUGUUUGGCUUCAAAUGUUGGAGAAUCUGAUAAAAAGCCGCUUAUUGAACAAUUGCAAACUGAAAAUAAUAAGCUGGGUUCAAUGCACAGUGCAACAAUUGCUUUGACUUUUGCAGCCCCGAGUGAUGUCACGGCAUUGAACAACAGUAACACGCAAAAUAAAUCAAUUCAGCAACAAGUAGCUCAAAUAGUCCAGCAUAAAACACGGGAAACCAACAAUAUUGCUGAAUUAAUAAAUAAAAGUAAAGUUAUAUCACCAAAAGCUGUUAAAAGAAAACUUGAAGAUCAAAUUUUGUCAUCUGAAAAAGUUUCUAAGUCAUUAAUAACUUCAAUUGUAUCGCCGAGUACGGUUACGUCUAUACAAAAUCAUUUAAAAGCAGAGCCAAUCUCGGUAGUUACAUCCAAGCAAAUGUCUAGCAUCGAUAGUCCAAGUCAGUAUUUAAUAAAUGCUGAUGGAACUAGCGGAAGUUUAGACCUUCAAGAAUCAACAUUAAGGCAAUCUGGUGAUAACGAGGUUAAUUGCAAAGUAGGUAAUGGUGUUUUAUGUGGUAAUGCUAGACUACAAGAAGCAUGGGAACCAGACGACAGAAAAUCAUCACCAGAUACACCUUGGCGGUACGUUCCCUCUCAGAGCAAUCAACUAACUAUUGAGCCUCUAAAAGUUUAUUCACGUGACGGCGAUAGUUCAGAAAAUGUACAAACAGUAUUGCAAAUUAUAAAUAAAGGUACUAGCCAGAGUAUGGACAUGAAUAGUGGACAGUUGUAUUCAAGUAAUACCACUAAAAAAUAUUUUAUAAAUCAUCUUGAGCCUUUUCAACAGUUUACAACAUCAAAUAAAAGUAAUAUUGUUGUUGCUAGUAAAAAUUCAAAUAAUAAUCCACGAUUAGAGCGUGAAUUGGCGCAACAGCGUAUUGAGAGAAAUCGGGCGGCGAUGGAACGCGAAUUGAGACUGCAAAAAAGUUUAUCCGAAGAAUGUGAAGAUCUAGGUGUUGAUGAACCAAGCACGAGUGACUUAUUUCCAGAAGCCGAUUUGUUAUUUGAUACUAACCAUUCCCCGUCUUUUGAUCAUUUAUCCCAGGAUGCUUCAUGCAGUCAGCCGCUGGGUAUGAAAAUGUACAACGCUUCGUCAUACUUUCGGCCAUUAGACUCAUCAAGUGGUAGCCGUGAAACUAGUCCAGCUCCCAGUAUUGAAAUUAAAAGUACCGAACGUAGAAAAAGCAUUUCCCAGCGUAAUAGAUCGUCCAAAGACUCAGACCGAUUGUCAUCUAAAAGGUCAAAACGUGACAGGCAAGACGAAAACGAGAUGCAUAAUCCAUCAAAGCAUUUAAGAUUAAGUCCAGAGAGUCAAGAUGAGGGGUCUAAUAGUACUUCUGACUUGUCUAGACUUUCACCGCCACACUUACCGCUCAUGGAUAUUGACUCCAAAGAUACAAUGUGCUUGAAAAAAAUGAUAUCGUGCAAUGGUUCUAAAGAAGGCUCACCCACCAGUGUGUCUAGCAUUCCAUCAAAUAUUAAACUAGAUAUUGAUUUAGAUUCAGAAUCAUUACCACUUGGUUCUAAUGUUAAUAAUACAAUUGGUAGUUCUGGUGAUGACAGUAUGACGUUAAUGGGUAGUAAUACUGCUGAUGUUACGAUACCAUCGCCGCUGUCACCAAUCGCAGGGCCACUGUUAUCGACGCACAAGUAUACGUACACCAACAAAAAACGUGCUACAUCUAAAGUGUCACGUCCCGAAUAUUUAUCUUGGGAAAGUCCGAUCUCCGAGAGAACAAGAUCUAGCAGCGAUGAAGAGGAUUCGAGUAUCAGUGAGUCUAUUAGCAGCCAGACAGAUGAUUUGAUUACCAAUGGGCUUGAUGACAGCUUACAGUUGAGUAGUAUUAAAAGUACUUCUUCUAAUUUUAAUUCUUCAACAAUAACAACUCAUAGCAGUACAACUGGAGUUAAUGAUAGAUGUACUUAUUUAAAAAAAAAAGACAACAGUAAAGUACAUGUCAAUGCCAGGGUAGUAUUAAAUCGUGCUGAGUCAAAAAGUAUUAUUGCUAAACGUGCUAAAGGUGAUACCAUCAACAACGAGAUGGGAAUAAUGAGUCAAGAUAAAACAUCAGAACCAUCGGACGACGAAACGUGCCAUACUUUAAUAGAACCUGAUUGCCGUGCUAGAAGAUCUAGUUUACGAGGGCAUGUCAAAAAAGGAUGCACCUGUUGCAAUGGAUCACCUGAGAGACCCAAGAAGAAACAAACUGGUGCUAGUAAUACUGUUAACACUGGUAACUCUGGUGUAACUAGUGCUAGUACCGGUGCUACUGGCGGCGGCGGUGGUGGUGGUAAAAUUAUCGAGCAUAAGUUGAAGAAGAAAUUGGUUAAAUCACUUGGAAAAAAGAGGUAG